AUGUAUUACAUAUUAGUGCUCUUUCAUCUGCAUGUGUUCGCAUCAGCUUUUUUCACAGGUAAAUGACUCAUUCCUCCAUGUCUCUAACGCGCCUUUUUCGCUUACGCUUUAUUCACGGGUGGAUUACCUUUUGUAUUCAGUUUCUAACACUUUGACCUUAUGGCUAUAGGUGAAAAUCGAUGUCCGUCAUUCACGAAGGCCCUGUCGCCGCUCAAUGCUCAACAUCUUAUGUUACGUCCUCCCCAGACUGUCCGAUACAAUCUCAGGAAGACAAAUGUAUGGUGCAUGCACAGAAUAGACCUCCUGCAAUUUGGAGAGAAUGGUGUUUGCACCGCCGCCAGCGAUAACAGUCGACUUGGUUUGAUAACCUGCGAAUUGGAUGUGGCUCUAGUCGUCGCCAGGUAUCAUUGUGGGGUAAGAUAUGCCAAUUUUAACAGCUCACAUCCCAUGCCCCGUCGUUAGAAGUACUUUAUGCUGCAUAACAUGCAUUUUGCCAAAGAUGAUGUGGGGUGGUUAUUUGGAGGCAGGAUUUGCUGGCUCACCAUUGCUAUAAAACAUCAUUGAACAGACAAUAUGCGUAUCCUAAAAAGCAAUAUUUUAGUUAACUAUCGAUCGUUCUUACCUUUCGAAUGUUAGAUUUCCGAAAACGUUGGACGUGCCUGUUCAUAUCGUAAUGGGGAUUAGGACUUUACUUUUCAGAGGCUAAUUCGUUACAUCUUGGUCCUCGUCCCACCAGUCAUAAUUCCAAUCAAUGUUUUUAUUUAAAAAAUGCUGCGAAAUACGGUUUUCCAAAGACGUUGCAAUCGGUGACAAGUUAGAAUCUCAGCAGCCUAUAGGAACGGCCUGCUUUACCUUCAAUAAAAAAUCCAUUCUCAUAGCACAUGACAAUUUCUCAAACUGCGCUUCUGUCUCGAAUAGAUGACCGACGAUGUCGGCCAGCAGAACGGCCGAAGGGCAGACAAUGUGCAUGCCAUUUUGCAGCUCCAGUACGACGGAAACAACACCCUCACUUUGCUUCCAAACGUAAAAAUUGGUCGCAGAACGCAACCACGGACCGGAGCACAAGUUCAUUUCGAAAAUAUAAACGAGGAGUUUGAGCAGGACAGCGUCCUAUCGUACGUUUUUUCCAGACGUCCAUCGCAGAGUUGUAUGGUAACUGACGGUAAGUACAGCAUGUUUUUUCAUAGACAUCUGAACAAUACACGAGUGCGCCUCACACAUAUUUGUCAGUUACGACUGUCGAAUAGUGCUUUUUAUUUAUUAUUAGUUACGCCUCGCACAUUUUAAUUAUUUGUGGGCAUACAUAGUCUAAAAACCGUUGUGUUUACAUUUAAUCCGAAUUUUCCAUAAAGCAACGCAUCAUGCUUAAUAUAUGCCAGUUCAUGAAAUGUCUAGCUGUCACGUUCUGCGUAUUCAAGUACCAUUAUAAAUGCUACACAUCUGCACAUUUCUUCUAACCACUUAAGCAUUAUGGUUAUGGGAAAUAAUCCCAUACAUUUGCGUAAACUGUGCCAAAGUCAGUUCAGUGUAGAAGCACCCCGAACCGCACUGGAGCAAACUCCGUAAUAUUACGAAGACGACCAAUUUCUCGCAUUGCAAACAGCUGGGCAGUUUUUUAGAUAUUGAAUAGUUAAGAAAAAAUGUUAACUUUGGAAAAGGGAUAUAUUGCAAUCCGAGAAUGAAAAGUAUGGUCCAGGCGACAGCAACUGGAAGGACUUAGAUAAAACUGCAAUUUUGUCUGCCAAUCAUUGAUCCGCAUUCCAUCGCCGGCGCCGCCGCUUCGAGCAUUCUCAUGUGUCAAUCAGUUUACCGCAUAAUUACAUUCCUGCUAAUUCCAUUUCUAAUAAAUUGAAAAAAGAAGAAAAAUUUUUUUAUUAACACGCGACAAUCCACAGGGUCUAACGAAGAAAUUCGUGUGCGACUAACUCGAGUGUAACCCUGCAUCAUAAAAAUGCUUUUGGGAGUUACCAAAUGCAACGUAAAUGGAAGCUGGAAGAGACUGGCUUGUCUUUAAUGCCUUCCAUGCGGUACAUAUAUAAUAAGAAGAUGCAAUGUCUGCACCCGCUUGCGUCGGAAAAAGCAUUCUACACAUUGUGCUAAUGCCUGAUGCAAAGGUGUGGGAGGCCUCGAGCUGUUUGCAAGGCUUAAUGGAGCUCAGGGCCCGUGGAUAUGACCUAAGAGCAUCCGUUUUUUUAUGGUGUGCAGUGUGUGACCGAUCUGAUGAAAUUUUACCGAAAUUCUGAAAUGCGUUUUCGAUAAGGAAGGAAUCCUUAGGCUGGGUUGUAAUGUUGCUUAUCAAGCAACAAACUUUCAUAGUAUUUCGGACUCGUUAGGAUGUUGGCUUUUGAAUGCACUUCAUUGCAACCUCCUAUAGAAGCCACACUCACCAAAAAUGAGUAGUUAAGUAGAAUGUAUUUUUCACAUUGUUUUUCGAUGGUCUUAUAAAUUCAAAUAUUUUUAUAGAUAACACGCACAAAAUAUGCUUUCUUUUACUUGUUCGGUAGAAAAUAACAUUGUUUUUACAUUUUAUGCCCAAAGAAAGCGUGUACAUAUUUUUUAAAAAACACUUCUAGUUAUAAGAUUUUUAAGAUCGUUCGAUGUCCAUACAUACACUCCGUAGUACAUUGUGGCAUCCAUCUGUUACUCAUAAAGAGGUUGGUCUCCGCUAGCGGUCUGAGGCACAUCAGUGGUCGGGAAAAUUAGAACAUGUUCUACAACUGAAAUCAACUUUUGUAGUUACUGGAGAAAUUCGUUAAGCCGAAAACCACUCGCGUUUCCCUUAAGUUGCACUAGGGCUUUUCGAAUUUUGAUGAACAUUUUGAACACGACAGGUUUAGCCAUUUAAAACACAUUGGUGGGUAUCGAGCAAAUCACAAUGAAUCUUUCGACAGACAUGAUUUAACUACUGAUUACUUUGUAUGCUACGGAUAUCUUCGACGCCGAUCUGAUAAACCCUUGCAAGACAUUCAGACACUGCUCGCUUAUUUCGGACCAAAUAACUUAAGAGAAUGCUCAGUUUGUAGCUGAUUAUGCGAAGUAUUUAAUGUCACUUUGGGCUAUCGUCAUGAAACGUGAUAAAUGGUUGAAAUUUCUAGAGCCAUGUUCGUUGGAAACUCUUUGUAAGGAAGUCCACUCAAUAAAUGAAUAUAAUUUAAGAAUUCUUUUACUAACGCCCUCAAUCGCAUAGCCUUUAAAUAUAAACGCUAAUUUAGGCUGUUUUCUUUUGCAAAUUUCAGGUGUUAACUGUGGAUUCGGUAACUGCGUAUCGCUGCUUGGACGCAUUCUAUAA